AUGAGUGUGGAGGAGGUGGAGAAGAAGAAGAAGGCCGAGACCGAGGCGCUCAAGAAGGAGGCCAAGGAGGACGCCAAAGCCAGCCGAAUCAAGGAGAAAUCUAAAACCAAUAAGGUCACCGUCAAGACCGUCAAACGCACCAAACGCAAACGGAUCACUACGAUUCAUGGAUUGGAUCUCUUCGGUGUCGAUUUGAAGAAACUUGCGAAACUGUUUGCGUCCAAGUUCGCCACCGGCUCAUCAGUGACGAAGAACAACCAAGGAGAAGACGAGAUUGUGAUCCAAGGAGACGUCUCAGACGAAGUCUUGGAUUUAUUCGAUUCAACCACUGGUAAAUUCGCCGAAAUCAUCGGCAAUGGGAUCAUUCCUGAUGACGAUAUCGUCUUUGUUGAUGACACCAAGAAAAAGAAACCCACUUGAUCUUUUUCUCCUUCUUCUUCUCUCCCCAUAUAUCAUGCUUAUAUCAGAAAAAAAAGAUCAAGUUCAUUGGCUUUGUGUUGCUGGGAAUUACACAUUCUCCUUCUUUGCUCUUUUUAUUAUGCUUGAUACAGUAUGAAACCCGUUCAAAUAGAGAAUGAAACUAGCAUUAUAUAAUAUUAA